CUCGAAUUUGCGUUAACCCUAGCUUCCGUUCUUGAAAUUUGCCUUAACCUUAAUACUAGUAGCAGUUUGAUGGUUCCCAAAAAGGUUUGGGGGGUUUCAACCGAACCCCCAUGUCCCAUGUUAGAUCCGCCACUGGGAAUGUGCCUGUACAAUUGUUUGUGUUACAUUAUGUGCUAAAUCUGUUUCUGAUGUAUGUGAAAAAUAUCGUACUCUUUUCUUCUUCAUUUUGAUGCUUCAUUUCAGAUAUAUUACAGAGCUUUGAAGGUUUACCUAUUUUCCAUAUGCAUAGCUUUGAUGAUUGGUUUUGAUUUUUUUUUAGUGUGUUUUGUGUGUUCAAUAUUGAUUGUAUCAUACUCUACUACUUUCCGUUGUAUGCCUAGCAAGCUUCAUGUGAAAGGCCAGUUGAGUUUAAACUAUGAAGGUCCCAAUACGCUUUUUGGGACAUAUCUAGUGGAAAUAAUUAUUUUUUAAUAUCCUAAAGACAUUUAGGUAUGAUACAAAAUUUACACUAAAGAAAACUCCCAUAGCUUCAGAUUGAAUUAAAUAAAUUUACCUAAACUUCUUUCAUGUUCUCUUUAUUGCAUUUCCCCCAUUUUGUGCAUGUCCCCAAGUGAUGUUCAGGCUGUCUAAUAUGUUCCAUGGAAGAUAAGUAUGGCUUUACUGCAGUGGUGAAUGCGGACUAUGGAAGAUAAGUGUGGUUGUAGUGGUGAAUGCAUACUGGGUAGCUUGCCUUCAUGCUGGAUGCUCCUUGUCUCUCAGUCUCAGUUUUCCACCAUGUUUGUCAAGUUAAUCAGAUGCAUGGGAGGGGAAUUUGCCGAAACCAUCCUUUAUUUGUUACCCUCCAUAAGAAUCUCCAGCUUUUUGUAUAUAGGAUCUGUGCAGCAAAAUUCCCUACUUAUAUUAUUUUGAAGAGAUGGGUAGAUCUCCAAGGGGCCGGAACCUCCCAGCUCGUCGACGUGGAUCAUCUUCAUCUUCUAGUGAUUUACCUUCCUGCUGCUGGAAGAUGAAAGGAACAUGCGAGCAAAAUGAUAUAGCAUUGGUCUCUGAGAAAAAAGAAUGGAAAGGAGCUUCUUGCCCAGUUUGCCUGGAGCAUCCACAUGAUGCUGUCCUCCUCCUCUGUACUUCUCACCACAAGGGUUGCCGGCCAUAUAUGUGUGGUACCAACCACCAGCAUUCUAACUGCCUCGAACACUUCAAAGAAGCUUACGCAAAGGAGAAGUUGGCCCACAGUGUAUUAAUUGAGUCUUCACCUGGCCUUUCAUUAUCUUUGAAUUCUCAGCCAGCCAGCAAGCAACAAUGUGCAAUGGAACUUGCAUGCCCUCUUUGUCGUGGGGAUGUCAAAGGAUGGACUGUGGUCGAACCAGCUCGCCAGUAUCUCAAUCGCAAGAAAAGAGCCUGUAUGCAUGAUGGCUGCUCAUUCAUUGGUUCAUACAAAGAACUUUGCAAGCAUGUGAAUUCCAAGCAUCCUUCAGCAAAACCUCGUGAAGUUGAUCCUGCACAUGCAGAUGAGUGGAAAAAGUUUGAAUGUGAAAGAGAGCGGCAGGAUGCCAUUAGCACUAUCAGAAGCAUGACCCCAGGGGCUGUCAUUAUGGGAGAUUAUGUGGUUGAGUUUAAUGGUGGCAGCAACAACAAUUUACUUUCUGAUGGAGAUGACUUGGAGGAGAGGCUCAACUUCUUCACAUCCUUAGAUCGCACUCUGAAUGAGAGGCUUGACUUCUAUGAGUCAUCAGAUAGUAGUUUGGAUGACAGCAUUGACUUCUUGGCAUCCUUAUUUGGCCAUGGCAGGAGAAUUGCCAGUGGUGAUUCAUACACCAGAGCUUACAGAAGGUACAGGGAGAGGCCUAGGCGUAAUGUCACAGCUAGCUCGGUCGCUGCCUCUGAUAUCCAGCAUGAUUCAGCUAACACUCGAAGGGGACGUGUCAGUGGUAUUCGGGCCAUAGGGAGGACUUCGCGGCGGUACCAUCCUGUGGUGACUCAUGUAAGGUCAACACAUGGCAUCUAAGAAAGGGAGCUACCACGGGUUCUGUUCAUUCUAUCCAUCCGCAAGGGAGGCAAAAUAACAUACCGCGGCAUUUGAUGCCUGGUUUUCAGAGGAUCAUCAUGUUCUUCCAGUACCUUUUUCUUUGCUGAGACAGGCAGCAACCGAGGAUACAGGUUGGACGGAGAUCUCUGUUAGGGCACUGCUCAUGCCUAUAUAGGGCAAAAACAGUGCUGCUUUUUUCCGGUGCUGCCUUGCAUGGAUUUUGUGAAUGCCCUUUUCUUUUCCUUCCAUUGGAUCGACGCAAAUGGGUUUUUUUGUUUGGCAGCGAUUGCUGUUCCAAAACAUGAACAUCAUGAAAACUUAUUGGGCAUAUUUGCUUGUCAUGUGCUGCCGUUUUGUAUCCAUGUUCUAGUGGAUCGCACGUUUGAUCCUAGCGACUUAUUAGCUAUUAUUAUCAUCCAUGAGCAUAUCUUUUGUUUGUUGUUACCA